GGAGUCGGUGUGACAUCCUCCAGGGCCGCUUGAGUUCGCGGGAAACCGGCUGUAAUCGGGAAACAACAAGCUUAAUUGCACCGGGGUUUCGAGCUGCUUUCUUCGAUACCAAAUCAGUUUGUCAUCCGUCGAUACGCGCUGACAAACGGCGCAGGCUCACCGCGUACGACCGACGGAGCUGCUAUGCUAACAGCCGACGCUCGGUAGCGAGGCUGUCACAUUGGCUAACAGCAGCACCGCUUCAUGCGACCGCACAGAGAACACACCGCCGCCUAGGACGAGACAAAGGGCGGCCGCUGUCAGUCGCGACGUGCACAGUGUGAGAAUGAGUUCGUUCAACUUAGAACGUUUUCGCUUCGACAAGAAGGCGGCGGCGGCGAACAAGGAGCAGGAGAGCGGCUCCAACAGUCCCGAGUCGGAGAAGGAGAACAAGCCAGCUCAGAUGAAACCUGUCAAAGCCCCCCCGAAGUCCCACGCCAAAGGAGUGGUUUUUGAGGAAGUCAUUUCUAUUGACUUAGAAGAGGACGAGGUCCUUGCUGAACCAAAGACCAAAGUUACAUCGCCAAGGAAAUCCAAGAAUCCGAAAGGGAAAUCAUCCCAAAAUAUGGUACCAGAUCAUACGGAUGGUGAUGAUGACAAUGAUUUGGAAGAAAAAGUUGCAAGGCUCCUAGAGAUGUUUCCUCAGUUGACAAGGAAGGAGCUACUAGAGGUCAUUGGGAGCACAAGCACAUUGGAGGGUGCUGUAGAUGCCUGCUUUUUAAAAUUUGGCGAUAAAGAAGCCCCAGAACAGGACAGGAAGAGGAAGCUGGAUGGAUCCAGCAGUUCUCUGGACAGUGGCGAGGCUCAACCCAGCAAGAAGAGGAGAUCAUCAGUGGUUUCUAGUGAAGAAGAUGAUGAUGACGACGUUAAAGAGCCGAGCUGGGAGAAGCAGGAGGCCAUGGUGAGAAGACUGCAGAAAAAGUUUCCUGACCAGGACAAGGAGGAGCUGCGGCUGGUGCUGCAGGAACACGACUGGAAUGCUGAGGAGGCUCUGCAGGUUCUGCAGAUGUUCUCAGACCCAGAUAAUACCAGCUUCAGCUCUCACGAGUCGGAAGAAAGGGAACCCAGCAAAUCAAAGGGCAAAGACAAGUCAAGCAGGGACCACAAAGAGCUGAAGCAUCACAAAGAUCACAGAGACAGUAAAAAGAGGAAUAGUCAUGAGGAUUUUACAAACCACAAAAACAUCAGUGAAACAGAUGGGGACAGUACAGAUGAUACAGAAGCUACAGAAGACAGUGAAGACGAGUCAAACACAGAAGACAGCAAAGGUUCCAAACACAGUAGUGCUUCCACUCUCUCUACGUGGCUUCAAAAAAGUUCUCACCCAGUGUCGUCCUCCUCUGUCAAGAAAACAACUGCCUCUUCCUCCCUAAAGCCAUCUUCCUCCUCCUCCUCCUCUGCUGCUGCCCAGAUGCUCUCCAGAUUUGCCAGCGGGACCAGUAUAGCUAAGAAGCAGGCAGCAGAGAGCAAAAGAAAGGCUCGGGCCUCAGAUGAACAUGUCAGUUCUGAGGGGGAGAAUGACGAUGAAGAGGACACAGUCAGCAGCGAGUUUGAGGACUCGGAUGAAGAGCUGGACCCCAAAGGUGGCAUGACAGAUAUUAAGAAGGAGAUAAUCACGUUUUUCCAGGACGCAUCGAUAGACGAGCUGUCGCUGAUCUCUGGGUGUUCUGUUAAAAAGGCCCAGAAAAUUGUGGAACUGAGGCCCUUCAAUAGCUGGCAAAGCCUGGUUGAAUUAUUCCAUAAGGAAAAUGGACUCUCAGAGGAUUUACUCCUGGGCUGCAGACUUGUCCUCAAAGAGCGCAAGGUCGUCUUGGGGCUCAUGACCAAAUGUGAGACCAUUUCCUCAAAAAUGGUCAAACAGGUCACCAGGGUGAUGGAGAAGGGCACGGGGGCCAUGGAGCAGCCCAGCAUACUCAACAGCCAGUUGGAGCUGAAAACUUACCAGCUGAUUGGUCUCAAGUGGCUGCUGCUCCUGCAUGAGCACAAGCUGAGCGCUAUCCUUGCUGAUGAAAUGGGUUUGGGGAAAACGAUUCAGGCCAUAGCAUUUCUGGCCCAGUUGUACCAGAACGGAAUAGAAGGUCCUCAUCUCAUCACUGUGCCGUCCUCUACACUGGAUAACUGGGUCAGAGAGCUGAAGCUGUGGUGUCCAAGCCUCAAUGUUUUAGUCUAUUACGGAUCUGUGGAGGAUCGCCGCUACCUCAGACACGACAUCCUCAGUGACAAUGCUGAUUUCAACGUCAUAGUGACGACGUACAACUUGGCAAUAGGAAACGACAACGAUCGCAGCCUUUUCCGCAAACUGCGUCUGAAGUAUGCUGUGUUUGACGAAGGUCACAUGCUGAAAAACAUGAACACCCUGCGUUACCGUCACCUCAUGGCAAUUAAUGCGGAGCAUCGCUUGCUGCUGACAGGAACUCCUUUACAGAACAACCUCUUAGAGCUGAUGUCUCUGCUGAACUUCAUCAUGCCUUCUAUGUUUUCCAGCUCCACUACACAGCUCUCCAAAAUGUUUUCUAUGAAAUCCCACGAUGAGCAGAGCCGCUUUGAGAGGGAUCGCAUUUCUCAGGCCAAACUCAUCAUGAAACCGUUCAUCCUCCGAAGAGUCAAGAGUGAGGUCCUAAAGCAACUGCCAGCGAAGGUGGAGAAAGUAGAGUCCUGCUCAAUGAGUGAGAAACAGCAGGUGCUCUACAAGAACCUCUUGAAAAAACUCAAGGCUUCCACCACUGGCGAGAAGCGCGAAUUGUGUAAUGUGAUGAUGCAAUUGAGGAAGAUGGCCAACCACCCCCUGCUUCAUCGACAGUACUACACCACAGAAAAGCUCAAAGCCAUGAGCAAACUCAUGCUCAAGGAGCCAACUCACUUCGACGCAGAUGCUGCUCUGAUCCAGGAGGACAUGGAGGUGAUGUCUGACUUUGAGCUGCAUCGUCUGUGCCAUCAGUACUCGUCCAUCGGCUCCUACCAGCUAGAAAAUUAUCUCUUGCUCGACUCUGGGAAAUUCCACUACCUCACAGAGCUGCUGGCCUCUCUUAAAGACAAGGGAGACAGAGUGGUAUUAUUCAGCCAGUUCACCAUGAUGCUGGACAUUGUGGAAGUGCUGCUGAAACAUCUCAAGCAUCGUUACGUGAGACUCGAUGGAUCCACGCCCAUAGCCGACAGGAUUGUGUUGAUUGAUGAGUUCAACACGGACCCUGACAUAUUUGUGUUCCUGUUGUCAACGCGUGCCGGUGGCCUGGGCAUCAACCUCACCUCGGCUAAUGUUGUCAUUCUACAUGACAUCGACUGCAAUCCUUACAAUGACAAACAGGCAGAGGACAGGUGUCACCGUGUAGGCCAGACCAGGACUGUGAAGGUGAUCAGGUUGAUCAGUAAGGACAGCAUAGAGGACAGCAUACUGCAGUUGGGCCAGAAGAAACUAAAGCUGGAGCAGGACAUGACUGCCGCUGAUCAGGGUGGUGAGGGAACCAUACCUGAAGAUAUGGCCUCUUUGCUCAAAGCUUCACUGGGACUGUGAUACACAAACACGUGAAACUUGUGACUGUACAAAUACGUUCUUGUGAACCUGGGCAGACUUAAGUGAUUGAACGCACCAUUUUGCGUCCAUACUGGGAAAACUACUGGGAACCAUAUGCUGCCGUAAAUGAAAGUUCUGAUAUUGACAUCUGACUGAUUGUGUAGCGUGCUAGCUGUGCCUAAAACACUAUUUUUAUAUGCACAGUUUUUGCUCUAACUUUGUCAGUAUAUAUGGGGGGGCGCUAAACAAAAUUAGCCUUUUUUAAUAUUAUGCACUUCUCAUGUUACCUAAAAGAUUCCAAGGUGAAGAGACUUGAGAGAACGUGGUGUUAAGCGGUUCAGUCCAAACCGUCGUAAACGCAACAUGCUUAAGGAGUACACCAUCACAUUUUUGGUACUCUUGAGGUGUAUGACUGAAGCAAAACUCACAUAAUCUAUGUGAACACAGCCUUGAUCCAUCCAUAUUAAGGUAACUACUGUAUCCUGUGAAGGACAAUGCUCUUAGAUUCAAAAUUGUUGUACCGAUAUUGGUGGUGCACAGAGAAUAAUUUUUUUUUUACCCUCCUUCAUACCAGACAUUGUUACAUCUGUGUCAUACCAGUGCUUAUGAAACAGACACUUUUGGUAUUGUGAGCCACAGCAACAUUUGGAAAUAUAGCAGUGGGCAGAUUAACUGUACUGAAAAUGUUGCUAUUCACAUUGACUUCCUCUGUUACUUUUCCCAUUCAAAAAAAAUGUUGGCAGUUGUGGUGUCAUCAAAAAUUCAGCCAAGUAUCUGGAAAAUGAUGUCCGCUGUCACUGUGAGUGUGAUGUGCUGAGUUUCAUUCUGGUGUUAUAUUUAAAGUCUUAUUACGUUACCCCAGAGACAGAGAAGGUGCAUUUAAAGAAUAACAUAGAAGUACGUUGCUUGACUUAGUUUCUUUGCUGUUUCUGCUCCUUUGAAUAUCUUGAGUAAAGUGACAGAGAAGAUGAUGAAUGGAGGAAUCAGCUGCUGUGUUAAUGUACUGUAUAAGUGGCCAAUGUGUUGUGAGUGUCCAAGUGUUACUAAGUCGUUUGUAUGGUUUUUAGGCUCCUGUUUGAACUGAAUAAUAAAUAUUGGAAUAAAUA